AUGUUAAAUUUCUGUAAAGACAUUUUUGAUGAAUAUUUACAAGUAAUGACCUGUAAAGCAAAAAAAAUCAAUAAGUUAUUUAGCUAUGAAUAUGAUCCUGUAAUUCUGAAAAAGAUUAAUGCUUAUGAUUCUAAUUCAGAUGAUUCUGAAAUUAAUGAAUCUAACUCUGAUACUAAUAAAUCUGAUUCUAAUAUAUAUUUCAAAUUUAAUAAUUUUGACUCUAAUAAUGAAUAUAAUUAUAAACUUCAUGAAAAGCUUCAGUUAUGCAUGAAAAAAUAG